UAAAAUAAUUUUUCUCUGCUUAGGGUGUCAUUCGUCCAUUUGGCAAGACAAAUUUGCCAUUUUUUUCUUCUGUGCUAUAUGAAAUGAAACCAAUUUUAAAACAAAUGAAAGGAAAAAGAAUAACAUGGCUUGGUAUUUUUAAUCUUAUCUGUGCAGGAGUUCUCUUAAUGUGGUGCAAGUCUACAAACAGUAUGGGACUUGAAGCCUAUACAUAUCUAAUAUUAUUUGACUUAUUAAGUCUUUUUACGAGUCUACUCAGUCUUUGGUCAGAAGAACAAAAACCAAAUUCUAUAUUCACUUUUGGUUACGAAAGGUUUGAAGUACUUGCUGUGUUUGCAUCAACUAUACUUGCCCAAUUAAGUUCAUUAUUUAUUAUAAAACAGAGUAUAGAAAGAUUACUUCAACCACCAGAGAUCCAUACGGGACGAUAUCUUCCAGCAAUUAUUGUUGCAUUUAUUUGUCAUCUGAUUGUUACAUAUGGAAUGAACAAUCGUGCUAUCAACGAUACUAUUGGAGCUUCAAGUUCAAGCUGGUUGCAGGAACACGUAGCUGAAAUUAGUCAAAGGUAUUUAUAUAAAUUUUAUAAUUAUCAUCUUGCCGAUGCUGUUGCCGCUAUUUUUAUUGCUAUUAUGGUUGUUGUAACUAUGUUUCCUAUGAGUAUAUAUAGUGGAAGAACUUUAUUGCAGACAACUCCACCUCAUAUUGUUGGACAGUUAGACAAAUGUCUUAGAGAAGCGUCAACUCUAGAUGGUGUUUUGGAAUUUAGAAAUGAACACUUCUGGACAAUUGCAUUUGGGAACCUGAGUGGUUCCGUUCACGUUCGGAUAAGAAGAGACGCCAACGAACAAUUGGUAUUGGCACAUUUGGUUGAUAGACUUUCCAAUCUUGUGUCAGAUCUAACAAUUCAGGUAUUUAAAGAUGAGUGGGCUUGGAGUACGACGACACUGCAGAUCUUAAAUGAAUCGGCAUUGAAAUUUCCGCCGCUGUCGUCGUCCACCCCAUCAACCAUUUCUCUUAACGGUCGGGCCACCGAUCCGUCGGCCGGCAAUGCUCUCCGGCCUGCCCGUCCGCCUCUACUCUCGGACGUUUCAAGUAAUAGGAUAUUUGGCUCCGACCCCCGUCUCGGACAGUUUUCUCCACCCUAUUAUCCCUCGACGGGUCUGGCGUCGAAUCUGGCAGAGACUUACAGAACUCCAAACGGUACAUAUCUGGGUUCAGUGGCCAGAUCAUCUCCAUUGCCCGGCAUCGUUCCAUCUUACGUACCGGAAAAGAAUGCCAUCGGUGCCGCCGCUGCCAAGAUUAUUAGGUGAUGAGUUCCCGGACUAAUUAGUUAAGAUGGGAGUAAACUUAGUCAAAGGGAACAGUUAACCAUGAAAGUCAUAAAGAGCAGGAAUUAAAUUUUUCUCUUUAUUUUGGAAGGCAUAUUUAGAAAUUCCUGACAUUUUUUUUUUGACAAAACACUGAAGCUAGUACUUGUCUCAAUUGGAAGAAUUUGAAAUUUUUGCUGUCGGAAGACAGGAAGAUUAUCUGUAAGUCAAUUGCUUCCGUAUUAAGAAUGAGAGAAAAAUCUUGGAAGAGAUUUUUAUAAAAUUAAUGUUUUGAUAUGUACAUUUAUUAUGUAAAGGAAUAAUUAAAAUGAUUUAUGUUCUUAAGGCUUGUUGAGGCUUCAAUUAUUUUUGUAUUUAAAAUGGCAAUUACAAGAAUUAGGUUAGUGUCAGAUUAAGCAUUUACUAUACAUAACGAAUAUGACAGGACUGCCAACCACACUUUAAUUUUCUUAGAAUAUAUACAACAAAAAUCUGGUUAAAACCAGUUUCAGUUACUCUGUCUCUGUAUAGCUAAUAUAAUUUCAUUUAGAAAUUCAUGAAUUAUCAGAUGUAUAACAUAUACAAAUUUUAAAAUGGCACAUUCUAUCAUUUGCAUUUAACAGAUUGUAGUCUGAAUAAGGGUCACUAACGCCAAUGAAAAAAAAUCCAGUAACUUUUAAAUGUUGCAAAAUUAAGCAACUCUCUGCUUAACUUUCAAACUCUAUGGGGGUACCAUCUGUUAUGAUA